AUGGACGAUAUGAACGGGCAUACUAACGGCGUCACCAAUGGAGAUACCAACGGCACCAACGGAGAGGAGACAAUCUGCCUUCCAUCAGCGCGACCGUACAAGAUCAAUGACUUCUGCACCAUCCAACCGCCACUGACCCGCAAAGGCAUUGGACCUGGACUCAUCUUGCUACUUCCUAACGACAUCGAUCUGAGUACGAGUGACAAGACUCUCGAUCCUCCACCGCUUCAGAAGUGGGCUGAAGAGGGCUAUGCUGUUGCUCAGAUCCAACUUGCAAACGAUGUCUCUGAAUCCAACUGGAAGGAAAACUCGUACCUCGACAGCGCCGUCACCGCACUGAAGGAUCUGGACACAUGCGAGUCUACUGAGAGACUUGGUCUUAUAUCGUACAAUAUUGCCUCUAAUCCAGCGAUGAUCAGUGCAAUCGACGAACGAGAUGACAUUGCUGCCCUCUCAAACUACGGCUCACAGAGAAUACCCAGCGUGAAGCCGCAGCUCUGGCACUUCACAGGAACAGCCUCGGCCCUUGCCAAACCUCCCGGUGACAACGUCAAGGUCUUUGAAUAUCCAGACUCAGCACCCUACUUCCCGAUCCCAGCACACGACAACUUCCGUAGUGCACCCGCAGCCGUCUCUCACACACGUUCCCUCACCUUCUUGAAGCCACUCACUGGCGGGCCGUACUUUGACUUAGAAGCCAUCUGGGACGAGCACACCAAAUUUGAGUUCGGCGAGCGAGCGGUAGAGAAGACCAUGGGCACGAUGGUGCAGGAGCCUUAUGUGAACCACGUACCGACUAUUACUGGAGGUAUCGGACGGGCGAGCUUGACGCAAUUUUAUCGACAUCACUUUGUGUUCAAUAACCCUGCAGAUACGGCAUUGGAGCUGGUCAGUAGGACGGUGGGGAUCGAUCGGGUGAUUGACGAGUUUGUGUUUAGCUUUACUCAUGAUAAGGAGAUUGACUGGAUUCUACCUGGUGUUCCUCCCACAGGCAAAUACGUCGAGAUCCCCUUCACCGGCGUGAUCAACAUCCGAGGCGACAGGUUGUAUCAUGAGCAUAUCGGCUGGGACCAGGCGACGCUCCUGCGGCAGCUGGGUUUGAUGCCUGAGUAUCUGCCUUUCCCGUAUGCGUUGCCAGAUGGGCGAACGCCGGCUGCCGGGAAGCGAUUCGAGUAUAAGGUGCCGACAGCUGGUAUCGAGACGGCGAAGAAGCUUGUUGAUGAGAGGUCUGUGGAGUCGAAUGCCAUGUUCGACUUUGGAAUCCGGGAAGUCGAUUUCUGA